UUUGUUGUGGUUCAUGGAUGGAACGCGCGUUUACCCUCUGAAAAUUUACUAAAUAAGCCAGCUAAUGAGUAUGAAAAUAUAAGUAUAUAUACAAGGGAAUUAAAAGAAAAAAUAAAAGACGUACAUGAAAAAGUAAAAAUUAAAUUGCAAGCGAAUGUAGAGCGAAUGAGAAAUCAGCAGAAAGUUAUAAAGAUUGUUGAGUGGAAAGAAGGGGAUCUGGUUUUGACGAAGAGAGAGGAUAAAGGAGGCAAAUUUGAUCACAAGUUCCAAGGCCCUUACAAAAUAAUUAAAGUUGAGAAACCGAACCUAAUCCUUGAAGACCCCGAUAGUGGAGAAAGGAAAACUGUGCACAUGGAUAAAUGUAAAAUAUAUAAUUCUGAAAGAAACGAAGAGAGCGGCGCGACCUUUGAAAGCUCUUCGGGAAGCGAGAACCCUAUUGACCCACCUCAAAUAAAUUUCAUAAAUUUUGAAGGAUUUUCUAAACCAAAUAUUUGCAGAUUAUUAUUUAAAUUAAAAAAUUAUUUUAUUGGGAAAAUGGCAGCAGAUAUGGAAGAAGCUGUGGAACUGCUCCAGGAAGAGGAACUAGAUGCUAACUACAGGUGGGAAGAAGCAGAUAAAAAUUGGGACCCCAUAGACAUGACAAGCAAGGAAAGGGAUAACUUUGUAACUAGGAAGGAAAAACAAGAAGAUAAAGCGAUGGAUAAUUAUACAAGAGCCUGGGAAAACCACAAGGAAGCCGAAAUUGAUAAGAGGAGAAUAGAGAGGGGGAAGAGGCAUGCCCUAAAAGAAAUGAUGACCGCUGAAAGAAACGCAGCGAUUAAAUUCGCGAAAAGAAUAACGGGUGAAGCUUUUAGAUCUGGGCAAUCAAGAGAGGAGGAAGAAAGCAAACGAAGGGAAAGAGAAGUUGAAGCUUGGAACAGAGCAUGGGGCUGGCCACCAGUAAAUGAUAAGAGAAGAGAUGAAGAGAAGAGAAAACGGAUUGAGGAAGAAAUUACACAGAAAAUGUUUGAUAAAUAUGCCGAAAAUAAUCCCUGGGGAGAAGACGCAGGCAUAAUGGUAGAACCAGAGAUGAAAGAGGGAAAUCCAAUGUUUGAAGAGUUGGUAAGAUUGGCAAUGAAAAAUCCGCGAACGUUGAGUGAGUUAAGAAAGGAUGUGGAAGAGGAAGAGUGGGAAAAUCUGUUUUCAAAGCCAGGGGGAAGCCACUGGAGUGGAGGCGAAAAAGGAUAUGGGAGAGGAAGACGACCUUGGGAACCAAAUCGUGAUUGGAGAGGUAACUGGCACGCGCACACAAAAGAGAAGCAAGCAGAGAGGGGAGAGGAGGAAAAGAGUGAAGAAAAGCGAAUGGAGAAGAAAAGAAAAUUAAUGAUUGAAUUAGAGGAAAUGGACAAACAAGAAAAGGAAGAGAAGAGGAAACGCGAGGAAGAGAAGGAAAGAAAAGAGGCAGAGGAAAAACAAGAGGAGGAAGAAAAGAAACGAAAAGAGGAAGAGAAGAAAUAUGAAGAGGAAGAGGUGAGAGAAAAAGAAGGGGAGAGAAAAAAGGAGGAUGAAGAGAAGAGAAAGGAGGAUGAAGAAGUAAAGCAGGAGGAGACAAGGGACUUUGAGUUUGUGAGGAAAAUAUGGGAGCAAGAAGGAAAGGCGCAUGGCUUAUAUUCUGAAUUGCGCAAAAUAAGAAAGCAGUUGGAGAGUGGAAUGAAGGGGAAAAUGCUGGAGGAUUGGAAGAAACAGAAAACGAAUAAGGAGAGAAAUUAAGAGAGAAAAAAUUUGGUGAUGGGAUAAUUGUUAAAUGGAAUUUAAUAUU